AUUACAAUGCCUAGGGCAAAAAAUGCCCACUCAGUGUCCUUAUUUUUUAUUUAUUUAUUCAUUUUACUUUCAGUUAAACUUUCUGGUGCGAUACGACCGCCAAUUCCAGUUUCCAUAUCCCAAGUCAAAGUGUCAUUCUCACCUGCAAGAUCCCUUCACUCCCAUCCUUUUCACCAUAGCCUUAUCUUUAAGCUAUCUAACCAUUCUUUCUUUAGCUAACUUACUUGAACAAUUACACAAACGAGCAUCUUUUCUUUCGAUUUCGAUCUACAAUGGCCGAUUGGGGGCCUGUAUUAAUAGGAGUGGUGCUGUUUGUGCUUUUAACGCCAGGCCUUCUUUUUCAGAUACCGGGAAACAGCCGGCAACUGGAAUUUGGAAGUAUGAAGACUAACGGCAAGGCAAUAGCUGUUCACACUCUUAUAUUUUUCGCUCUCUAUGCUAUUCUGAUCUUGGCCGUUCGUGUCCACAUCUAUACUGGAUGAAUCUGGUAAGUUCUUGACCGCCUUUGGCUUUGCAUUGGAUAAUCAAUCAAGAUUCAAGAUCUGUGUUGUCCUGUGCUUUUCUUAUUUUAGUUUUGGCUAGAAAUUAAAGAGAUGGGCUCGUGUUGUAAUCGAUUAUGUUGUUGUUGGCUGCUUAUUUGAUCAGUAAAAGAAGAAAUUAAUAUAUCUUUGGGAAAGCAGAUCAGUUUAAUUUUUA